CCUCCUCUGUUUUCCCAUCUCCAUUUACCCCUAAAAACAAUUAAAAAAUAAUAAAAAUAAAAGUUUACAUAAAAAGAGUUCCCUGAGAGUUUUUGGCAGAGCCACUGCCAGUUAUGUAUAUCUUAAUAUGUUAUGUUUCCCAAGUUGAGUAAGUUUCUUUCAAUAUGUUUUUACUGCAAGAAAGUAAACACUUGAGACAACAACAUGCCUUUGGCACUAGCUUUGUUGUUAAUGAUCCUCUAAACUCUCUCUCUCUCUCUCUCUCUCUCCACAACUUCUCCAAUACCGACUGUGACCUUUAUCUCUAAUUCUCUACUUUGCUCCAACUUUGGAGCUUAAACCAAAGCUAGCUAAUCUCUGCUUAACUCAGUUGAUUUGGUGACCCAAACAACAAAUAACUGCAGUUGGUCACCAUCUUCUGUUUCUCUAUUCUCCAGUUUUCUUUUUCUACACCAUGACCUACUAGUAUCCAGCCAUGCGGAGAACUAGUGCUUCAGAAAAAAAUGAGCUCCAAUACCAUUAAGGGACUCCAUUUUUGGUGGAGGGUCUUUUCGUUUUUUCUUCUUCAUCUUCUACACCAUUCUUCUACAGCUCUCAACUCAGACGGAAUUUUCCUACUUUCUUUCAAGUACUUGAUCUUAAACGACCCUCUUUCGGCCUUGGAAACCUGGAACUACUACGACCAAACGCCUUGUUCAUGGAAGGGAGUCACGUGCGCCGAAAUCGGUCCUCCUGGAACGCCGGACAUGUUCAGAGUCACCAGCUUGGUCCUCCCUAACAACCAGCUUCUGGGUUCGAUCUCACUCGACCUGGGACGAAUUGAACACCUUCGCCACCUUGAUCUCUCCAACAACUUCUUUAAUGGGUCUUUGCCUUCAACCAUAUUCAACGCCUCCGAGCUUCAGGUGCUUUCUCUUUCCAGCAAUGUGAUAUCUGGUCAACUCACUGAGUCCAUUUCUGGCCUGAAAAGUCUCCAGUUUUUGAAUCUCUCAGACAAUGCUUUCGCCGGAAAAGUUCCCCAAAACCUCACUUCUUUGCAAAAUCUCACAAUCGUUUGCCUGAAAAGCAAUUACUUUUCUGGUAACGUUCCCGGCGGGUUAAGUAAGGUUCAAGUAUUAGAUCUAUCGUCAAAUUUGCUUAAUGGGUCUCUGCCUUCGGAUUUUGGUGGAGAUAGUUUGAGAUAUUUGAACGUUUCUUAUAACAAGAUUUCAGGGAAUAUACCAGUGGAGUUCCCCAAACGAAUUCCGGUGAAUGCUACCAUUGAUCUUUCGUUUAACAAUCUCACCGGAGCAAUACCAGAAUCAACGUCUCUGCUUGCUCAGAAAAAAGAGCUUUUCUCAGGAAACUCUUAUCUCUGUGGAAAACCCCUAAAAAAUCUCUGUACAAUUCCUUCGACUCUGUCAACUGAACCUAAUGUCACCACUUCUUCUCCGGCCAUCGCAGCCAUACCCAAAACAAUCGACUCAACUCCGGAGACAGCGACAAACGGAGCUCCGCCACAACAGCAAACCGGGCUAAAGCCCGGUACAAUAGUCGGAAUAGUUGUCGGAGACUUAGCUGGAAUAACCGUCUUAGCAAUGGUGAUUCUCUACAUCUACCAACUCCGGAAGAGGAAACAUCUCGACCCGGUAUCGAAAUCUGUAUACGACCCUGGAAACAAAACGGGUUAUAGCGGAAAACAGGACGACCCUGACGCCAUAAAAGCCUCUACAUGGUCUUGCUUGACUAUUAAAGGCGAAAAAUCAUCGGAAGGAACGAGCUCCGACAGUGAUCGGGACGAGCGAAACAGAGAGCCAGUAAAUGGUACUGGGCCCAACCGGAAUGGGGGGUUGCUGGUGACCGUCGACGACGACCAAUCGCCGGGGUUGGAGCUGGAGACUCUGCUUAAAGCUUCGGCAUAUACUUUGGGUGCAAACGGAGAAAGCAUUGUGUACAAGGCGUUAAUGGAGGACGGGACUGCUGUGGUGGUGAGGAGGAUCGGAAAGAGUCAGGGGGAGAGGAUGAGGGACUUCGAGAACCAGGUGAGGUCCAUAUCAAAGGUCCGACACCCAAACUUUGUUCGGAUUCGUGGGUUUUAUUGGGGUGAUGAGAAGCUUGUUAUCUAUGACUACGUCUCCAAUGGCAGCCUCGCUAACACCGGCAGCCGAAGAGCGGGGUCGUCACCAUGUCAUCAACCGCUUGAAAUACGGCUGAAGAUAGCAAGAGGCAUUGCGAGGGGACUAAGCUACAUCCACGAGAAGAAACACGUGCAUGGAAAUAUUAAACCUAGCAAUAUCCUUUUAAACAACGAAAUGGAGCCCAUAAUAAGUGAUUUUGGCCUAGACCGGCUCAUUGUCCCAACCGGAACCAGUAGUCAUCACAAAUCAAGCGGUUCGGCCAGGUAUUUCGGAAGCCUAAAAUCGGCCGCUGCGGCCGCGCGUGACGGUCAAUAUGAUGUCACCUUCGGUGGCAGCCCAGGAUCCUCCUCAGCCUGUGUAUCUCCAUAUCAAGCACCAGAGUCCAUGAAGAACCUGAAGCCUAAUCCCAAGUGGGAUGUGUUUUCUUUUGGUGUAGUUUUACUUGAGCUUCUAACCGGGCGGGUUUUUUCGGACAGGGAAUUAGGGCAGUGGACCGGAGUCGGUUCGAUGGUUGAGGAUAAGAACCGGGUUUUGAGAUUGGUUGACGUGGGGCUGAGGGGUGAGGUAGAGAGCAAGGAAGAUGCCAUGGUGGCAUGCUUGAAAUUAGGGUUUCAUUGUGCUUCUUUUGUCCCACAAAAGAGACCAACCAUGAGAGAAGCCCUCCAAGUGCUGGACAAGUCCCCUUUCAUUUCUUUGGAAUACUAAUUAUGUAUUUGAACCCCGCAAAAGUAUUUCUUAGGCUGAAAGCUUCUUGUAUUUCUCUUUGUAAUUUUUCUUUUUCCAUCUUUUUCUUGACUUGGACGUUGCAUUAAAAGAAGAAGGAAUGUUGAUAUAAUUAUUUGACUGAUUAAUCAAAUGCCAUUGAUCUUUAUUUUUUAUA